AUGAGCUGCAAAAUGCACAUCGCAUACCACAUCCCCGACACCCCUCCAACUCCCUCACACCCGAUCCCCAAAACCACAAUCUCUCUCCCCCGCCACUCACAUUGGACAUCCGGCCUGCACUUCCACACCGCUCACACCGAGUACCUGCACCUGCUGCGCGGCGCGAUCUGGCUGCAUCUCGACGGGUCCGACAUGAUGCUCAGCGCCGCCGCCGGCGGGGAGAUGUACAUCGGCACCGGGCAGCGCAAACCCUCCGGCGCAGGAUUAGUUAUCGAAGUGCCCAAGUAUGCGAGACAUGAGUGGCGGCGCGCCGAGAAUUACUACGGUGUGAGAAGAACGAUUGGCGUGCGGUAUGUCAAGCCAGCAGAUGUGGAUGACGAGGUUGUUGUGGAGGAGUGGACGAACCCGGCGGAUCUGGGGAAGCCGCUAUUCUUUUGGAAUUUGAAUGGCGUGAUUGCGGGGGUUGUGGAUGACGAAGUGCUGUCGGGGGCGCAGAGGGUGGUUAAGAAAGUACUGAGAAGCUGGUGGGUUGAGUUGCAGUUGUUUGUGAUAUUUUGGGAGUUGGAUAAUUGGCCGGUGUUUGUGGGGUUAGGGGGCGUGUUGGGGGGACAGUCUAGGUUGCAGAAGUUUGCGUAUCGGUAUGUUGAGAGAUCGGUUGAGUAUUUCAUGACGUUUGUUGUGCUGUUCGCUGCGAAAGUAUUGGGCUGGCUAAUUGGGAUUCGUGCUGUGGAGCAAAGAAGAACGCCGGGCGAGCUCUGGAGGGCGUACAACAGAUGA